UUUGUGCUUAUCUACUGUAAAGCGUCCUUGGGUUCCCUAAAAGGCGCUGUACAAAACUAAGUGAAGUUGAGUUGUUGCGGAAAGAACGUGGGCUCGCCCGUAUGGCGUCCGUUACCAGGACAACGACCGCGCUUGCCGACGGCGUCAUCACUCCGCGUCCAAAUUCAAUAUGGCGGAGAAGCGUGUUUUGGCCAAAGCCGAAUGAGUAGAGAUCGCUUUUUUUUUAUUUUAAAAAAGCCUUUGGUCUCUCCAGGGCCUUUUUUUUUUUGCUACGCAGACACGUUUUCGUAACGGAACUCUUAAUGCGCGAUGAAGUCGGACGCAGAGGAGUUGAUGCCCAGGCUGCUGCCCGUUGAAUUUGGGGACCAAACGCGAGACGUGGACUUAAACGGGCCACCAAGAAACCCACAGGAGUACCUGCGACAAGUCCAGUUGGAGGCAUCAUUAUGUCCAGACGUGGUCGUGGCUCAAAUUGACCCGAAGAAACUGAGAAAAAAGCAAACUGUCAAUGCAUCUGUGGCAGGUUGUCAGGCUGCUCCUGUGGGCUUCUCUCCCAGUCUCAUGUGGCAGCAGCAGCAAGUCAGCAACUUCUCAGACAUCAGACAGAGCAUCACUAGGCACAGGAAACACUGGAGCAACCAGAAUCUGGACGCCAACGUACUGAUGCCCAACGUUAAUGAUGAAGAAGGCUGGAAGAAGUUUUGCUUAGGAGAGAAGGUUUACCUGGGCAACACAGCCUAUGAAACGGACCCAGACCCAGGACUGGACUAUUGCAAGAUGGGCUUUCCUCCCUUUCUCAGCAUUGUCAGUAGGCUUAACCAGGCCACAGUGUCCACAGUGUUGGAGAUUCUGAUCAGCUGGUUAGAAGAAAGUGAUUUUGCUCCUCAGCUGGGCCGCUGGCUGUAUGCAUUGUUGGCCUGCCUGGAGAAGCCCCUGUUGCCUGAAGCUCAUUCUCUCAUCAGACAGCUCGCUAGAAGAUGUGCCCAGCUCCGCAGCACAUUGGAGAGUCAGGAGGAUGAGAAACUGCCUGCCCUCAACUUGCUCAUCUGCCUUGUUGCCAGGUACUUUGAGCAGAACGACCUUGCGGACCAGCAGGGGUGAGGACGGGCCAACUGUAUCCGGAGACCGCCCAAAGAUGUCAAUAAUGGAUUUACGUUCUAGACACCCCAAAUGACCACUUUUGGAAGCGGAUGGCUAUACAGCCCAGGCGGAGAACUCCACCAGUGAAAUCACUGAACAGUCCACUCAUCUUCCACUGGUUCCAGUCGUUACACUUGUUCAGGGAAGUUAUUUGGCAUCUUUUUACACACGUUAGGCAUAUAUAUGUAAAGGAUGGCACUAAAGGUCCCAGUGUGACAAUAAAUCGAGGCUCUGGUUUUUUUAUUUGAUGGAAUGUAAGAAUUCAUGGAUCAGAACCAUUUUGACUGCAGGUCAAAUAGAAUUUGAAGCAAAUACGCCUAAGAGUUAUUUUUUCUUAAAACAAGAAUGUUUAAAAUGUUCCAACCUUUUUCCUACCAUUUCGUUGAUGGAUUUAAUGAAGGGUUGAAUAAAUUUCCC